AUGAAAAAUCAUUCUGCAAUAACAUUCAUUCUACUAGGAUUGACUGAUAACCCAGUACUACAGGUUUUUCUUUCAGUAUUUCUGUUUUUCACCUACAUUUUCACUGUUGCUGGAAAUCUAAUCAUUAUCCUCCUCACUCUGGUUGACUCUCACCUCAAAACACCCAUGUACUUUUUCCUUCGGAAUUUUUCCAUCUUAGAAAUAAUACUUACAACUGUCUGUGUCCCUCGAUUCCUGUACAGCCUGACAACUGGGGACAAAAGUGUUACCUAUAAUGCUUGUAUCAUCCAGUUGUUUUUUGUCAUCCUCAUUGGAGCAACAGAAUUUUUUCUUCUAACUGCCAUGUGCUAUGACCGCUACGUGGCCAUCUGCAAGCCCCUGCACUACAGUACCAUCAUGAAUGAAAGAGUAUGCACCAUUCUUGUCCUUUGCUGUUGGCUGAUUGGGUUAGUUGUCAUACUCCCACCGCUUAGCCUGGGAGUGCAGCUAGAUUUCUGUAACUCCAAUCUCGUUGACCAUUUUGGCUGUGAUGCAUCUCCUCUUCUGCAGAUUGUAUGCUCAGACACCCAACUUGUAGAGCAACUUGUUUUAAUCAUGGCUGUGCUGACCCUCCUAGUCACACUGGUCUGUGUAAUUAUGUCCUACACAUACAUCAUCAAGACUAUUUUAAGACUCCCUUCAGCUCAGCAAAGAAAAAAGGCUUUCUCCACGUGUUCUUCCCACAUGAUUGUAGUUUCCAUCACCUAUGGAAGUUGCAUCUUCAUCUAUAUCAAACCACCAAAGGAAGGAGUAGCCAUUAAUAAGGUAGUGUCAUUACUCAACACCUCAGUUAUCCCAGUGAUGAACCCUUUCAUUUAUACACUACGGAAUAAGCAGGUCAAAGAAGCCUUCAAAGACUCAAUUAAAAAGAUGGCAUUUCUUUCAAAGGAUUAG